AAUCUGCCUUCCCCCCUCUUCCCAAUGUAAAACUGUGCAGCGGUCGGGAAUUGCUUAGAGCUGUAGCUGCAAUAAUAGGAGCGUCUGAAUUGUGUGGCUCUCUCUUUCUCCUCCCCCUUUUCUUUCUCCGCUUGCUUCUCGAGCUACAUUCCAGGUUUUCCUCCUCCCAGAGCCCCCUUUUCUCCUCCUCUAAAGAAGGCGGCGCCUAGUUUCAAGCUCUCUCUUUUUCUUGCUUGAGCUCUCGGCUCCUUUCUAUUCCAUUAAAGGAAUGCUCUUUUUCUCACGCCAUCACCUCUUGCCGUGAAAUUUAAAUGCUGUUUUGCAAAAGGAGAUCGACAUCAUCCCGAGAGUUGCCUCGGAAUUAAAAGCGGGAAAUUAAAGAAGGACAAGGGAUUUGGCUCUCUAAAUUUUAUUUUAUUUUAUUGUAUCUGUAGUUAUAACUCUACAGCUGCUGGGGAGGGAGGGCUGGAUCGCUGAAGAUCGAACCCCUGAGCAUUUCCCAAAAAUUUUACAGCUCUUAUUUAUUGGGGAUCGAUGUGGCGUGGAUGCGGGAACAAGUGGAAGGGGUGAAACCUACGCAGGUUGAUCUGUGAGCCAACAACUUCCCCUGGCUUGCUUGUGGUUUUUAUUAACCUCGGGUAAGUUGAUUACUUCACUUUGAGAAUAUAACUACAAAGCUUUUGGAGCAGAUCCUUUUGUAAUUAGUUUCCCCCCCUCCUUUUUGGCUUUGAAUGUUAAGGCAUGGGAGUUGUAGGGAAGAGCAUACGUUUUACAGAAAUGAAUGGAUUUACUCUUCUUCCUUGUGCUCUCCCUGAAGAAUUAUAGUGAGUUGGGUUUGUUUUUUAAAAGAAACCCUCCAAGAUGUUGCAAUAAAAUUUAGACAUAAUUUUUUUUUUAAUUAAGAAAAAAAAAUUUAAGAGUCAUUUUCUUUACGGAGUAAAGAAGAAUAUAAACAUGGCAAAAAACCCUGUGGAAGGCUCAAAGGAAGACCUGAGCAAAAUGAGCGAAGAAGAUAUGUUGAGGUGGAGCAAGGAGGAACUGGUGAAGAGGCUGAAGAAAGCAGAGAACGAAAAGAUGAACUUGAUGGUGGAGCAUGGCAACUUGAUUAAGGAUGUGAACCAAAGGCUUCAGAUCCACCUGCACGAGAUCAGGGGCCUGAAGGAAGUGAAUCAAAAGCUUCAGGACGACAACCAUGAACUGAGGGAGCUCUGCUGCUUCCUUGACGACGACAGGCAGAAGGGGAAAAAGCUGUCCAGGGAAUGGCAGAGGUUUGGCAGACACACGGCUGGUGUGAUGUGGAAGGAAGUGGGGAUGUACCAGCAGAAGCUGAAGGAGCUGGAGGCCAAGCAGGAGUCCCUCAUGAGGGAGAAUGUGGAGCUGAAAGAGAUUGUCUUGAUGUUGGAUGAAGAGAGGAAUGGAGCAGGCUCUAGAAGUUCUAUAGACAGCCAGGCCAGCCUCACCAACCUGAACGGGGGCUCUGGGACCAGGGAUGUCGGGGAUGGUAGUAGUACCUCCAGCGCUGGCAGCGCUGGGAGUCCAGACCAUCACCACCAUCAUCUUCACCAUCACAAGCCUGUUGAGAGCAAGGCUGGAGCUAUCCGGAGGUCUAUGGAUGACCUCUCUGCACCGCUUCACCACAGGAGCAUCCCUAAUGGUUUAAAUGAUUCAUCUUCCAACUACAUCAGACAACUUGAAACAAAAGUCAAAUUGCUAGAGGACGAUAAUAAACUACUUUCUCAGCAAUCAAGCUCUGGGGAUCUGAGGACUCUGAGGAAAGGGUUAUCCCCGUACCAUUCUGAGUCACAGCUGUCAUCACUGCCACAGUAUCAGGAUGCCAUGCAAAAUGGCCCUGUUCGCAUGACUACUGAUCUUGCCGCUUCUCCCGCAGUGGGAUAUGUUCCCAUGAGCCAGAAACCUGAAGCAGUGGUGCAUGCUAUGAAGGUCCUUGAAGUCCAUGAGAAUUUGGACAGACAAAUACAAGAAAACUAUGAAGAAGACCUGAGUGAAAAGGAGAAAGCAAUUGUUCGUGAAAUGUGCAAUGUCGUCUGGCGGAAACUAGGGGAUGCGGCAAGCUCCAAACCAUCAAUCAGGCAACAUCUUUCAGGAAACCAGUUCAAAGGCCCAUUAUAAGAAACUCGAGCAGUGAGACUGGGAGAGAAAAGAAUAAGAGCAACAGAGACUUCUCUGCAUUUAGCGGCCAGGGUUCUCUAUUCCCACCCCCUCCCCUCUUUCCUGUAACUGUUUAUAGUGUAAAUAAGGCAGCUUGAAAGGCUUCACCUGCAGGCUGUGCUGGUCCAGAACAAUGUUAAAUGGGUUAACAACUAUCCUCUAAUGGCCGAUUUGUGUCAUUUAUAUUGUAGUGACAACCUGCUUUGUUGUAUGGUCACAUGUAGAGAUAACCUGAACCCAAGAGAAUUUCUAGGAGGAGGAGGAGGAAGAAACAAAGAACCCUCUUAGCCUAUGGAGCAGUCCCAGGGCACUUUCAGACUGUCACGGUUUUGUGGGUGGGAUCCAAUCACAUUCUGGCAAAUUCAGGUUACUCCAUUAUAGUUAGUUGGGAUGUCUUGCGCAACUGAACCAUUUCCCCAAAAGGUCAGUUUUUUUGUGAUAAGGAAAGUGACAGGGAAAAUGCACUGGAAACUGUGGGACAAAACUUGUUUUGAUGCAACAUCAUCUAACAUCCCCUCAAACAAAUCAGAAUGAUUGCUCUUUAAAGAGCCGAUGGACAUUUAAUUUACCUGCAAACAAAUUAGGACAAAUGCUGAAUAUACAGGUUGUCUGGAAGUGAUCACACUUUCCUGCUUUGGCUUGUUUGUGGAAUUUUAACCCCAGCAGCUCCACUCAGCUUGGAAACUAUCAAGGAAUCCAAAACAUCUAAAGUAGUUGCUUAGGUAUUUUUGGUAGUGCCCGUUGAGAAUCUAAGUUCUGCUAAAGAUCUUUGGUUGGUAUUAAAAUGCUAUCUGAGAACCAAUCCCUGGCUUGCACAACUUGAUUUCCAAAUAAUUGAUGGACUGCCUUUGGGUUGGUGGGCACUUGCUGAGGCCCCCACCCUUGCCAGGGGCCCAUUGCUGAUUCCUGGAGUUUUCUGGCCUUGCUCUUGCUGCCUGUGUACCAGCUCUCUCAGAGUAACCUAUGCACAUUUUGCCCUCUCUCUCUUUCUGGGAAAUGGUGCUGAUUGGACCCCAAAGGGUGAGGAAAACAAAUGGGAAACAACACAAGUGGAGGAGAAAAAGAAGAGGUGAGCCACUUAGGGAGGGAGCCUCACUGAGAGCAUCUUGCCGAAGGGCUGCUCUAAAUGUAGACCUGGCAUUGACCAGGCUCCUACUAGGUGCAUGGAAGAGAACCAUUCAAUAAGUGGAGUUGCACCACCUCCCAGAAAAGAGGAAGGGCCGCAACCCAAUGGUAGAGCAUCUGCUUUGCACACAGAAGGUCCCAGGUUCGAUCCCUGGUACCUCCAGUGAAAGCUAGGAAUGUCUCCUGCCUGAAACCCUGGAGAGCUGCUGCCAGUCAGUGUAUACAGUACUGAGCUAGAUGGACCAAUGGUCUGACUCAGUAUAAGGCGGCUUCCUAUAUUCACCCGCCCACAUUCCUCCUUCCAUGCAAUGAUGCACACAACAGCGAAAGGUACCGGAGCACUGUCUACCUUUGUAUCACCCUCCAGCGUACGUGCUGCUUUCUUGCUGUUUUUGCUUAUCCAGACAUCAACUCCAUAUUGCAAAAAUAUUAUGUGCGAAGCUGCCCUUCAGUGUCCUUUAUUGCCUUUACAAUGUUGAUAAGAAGAGCUUAACCCUUCACUACUUUAUAUUUCAGUCUUGGCAAGACAUUGCAAGGAGUGGGGUUCUUUCUUUCAAAUUCUCACUGAAAUAAUGCACAGAAUGGUGUUAUCUGAAAAUGUAAGCCAAGGAACAGCCAUUCAUGUUGCACAAAGAAGAGGCUGUCUUCAGAAUUGCAGCUGCCAUUCAACCACUUGGCCACAUCAAGUGUCUCUUUGAACUGCCGUAUAUAAUAUGGAUGGGCUGAUAUUUGAUUACUAUGGCACAGCUCUUUUGUAACUUGCCAGAGGCUUUGAUCACCUCUCCCAGUUUCAUUUCAUCCGGUGCUUGUAGAUUUCCUGAAGCUGCAUAGCGCAGGAGGAGCCAGCGUGGUGAUCUCCGUAUGUUGUUGGACUGAAACUCCUGUUCUCCCUUUACGCUGGGGGAGGGGCCUGGUGCUAGUUGAAGUUCAAGAACAUCUGGAGGCACCACACUGGCUACCUCUGAACUGGCAGUCACAUCCCACUUGCAUAAACACAAAGGGAGCCUUUAGGGUUAAUGCUCACACUUCAAAAAAUGCAUUUUUAAAAGAAAUUAUUUUCAAGAUGUCUCAGCUUCAGCUGUAAGGAGCCUGAUCUCAGAAAGGAUUUUGGCUAUGGUACAUGUAGGUGGCUCAGCUCAUUGGGCCUGUUUCUGUUGGAUGCCCUUAUUCAGCAUUUGUUCUUAUUGAGGACCCAGAUAGAUCUUCAACCAAUAGAUAACUGAAAAGAUUAAAUCAGAGACUUCCCAGCAUAUCUCUCAAGAGUUCCUCCUUUUUGAAUGCCAUUUUCUGUUUUCAUUUCCACUUGAAUAUGCCCCAAGCUCUCUUGGCUUUGAGGGUCCCAUAACCAGCUACUGGGUUUAUUUGGAUGUUGCUUAUGAUGUAGGGCGCUUCCAAGCUGUCACUGUUUUUGGGUGAGAUUCUAUCACAUACCAGGCAAAUUUGGGUUGCACAGUUGAGUGGGAGGUCCUGCACAACAAACCUACUUCCCCAAAAGAUUUGACUUCUUGCAGUAAAGAAAGGGAAAGGGAAAGGCCCUGGAAAGUGUGGAAUAUUUCUUGCUUUGACACAUCAUCAUCUGAUCUCCCUGCAAAGAAAUCAGGAUGAAUGCUCAAUAAAUACAUUGUCUGGAAGCACCCCUUGAAUUAUCCUCAAGGAGACAUCAGGUGUGGCUUUGGGCUCACAAGGGCAUGAAGUUUCCCUCCUUCCCAAUGACAAUCUCCUGAUAUGUUCUUCCUUCCUUUCUGUAGUAAGAGGAAUGAGGACUGGAGGCUCAAGGCAUUCUCCCAGUCACUGUCUCCAAACAGGCCCGUAACCUGCUCACUACUGCCACCACUCAGUCUGCAACAUGGUGCCCUACCCAUAUCUGUGGCAUCCACCUCAUUCAUUUACAUAGGCCCCGAAUGGCCUGAUCUAUUUCCAGGUCGGUUUCAGUUUCCCAUGGAGCAACGCAAGUGGGCCAAAGCCCGUGGAAGUGGAUGGAAGCCCCCCUGCUGGGGAAUGAAAUUGCUGCCCACUAAGGGGGCACUUUGCCCGUUAGGUUCUUAAGAUUUGCACCUGAAGUAUUCGAAGUGUACACUUAAAAAUGUAAACUGAACGUGAGAAGCUCAGGUGUGCAAGCAUGUAUGGUCAAAUAUAGGUGAAAUAGUCAGGGAGCCUAGAUUGGCUGCUUUCAGUAGAGGCUUGUGAAGUCUGGAAUGGAGGGGAGGCUCAGGAAUGUCCCAGGUUAGGGCCGAUUCACAAUCCGCUGUGUACGUUCCCCAAAUGCACACAAAUGUUUGCUGGGGUGGACACAUAAAGUGGAAAGGAGUUCUGACGAGUGGUGGCCAUUUGCCACAAGAAAUGCAGUUGGAUGAACUGCCCAGGCACAUGCUCACUUUGUUUUUACAGGCAAGUCUUUCUUUUUCCCCUUAUACUGGUUGCCAUAGCAAACGCCAGUAAGCACACAGCAAGCAAGGCCGUUACGCAAAAUGUGAACUGGCCUCCAGGCUUUUCUGCCCACUCUGGCCCUCCAACCUAAUAAUAACAACAACAACAAUAAUAAUAAUUUGUGGGUUACAACAAUAUAAGAAUACAAUGUUAAAAUCAGUUAAAACAAUUUACAAUCUGAAGAAUAGGGCAGGCCCUAAAAAUACACAUCUUACUGCAGUAAAUACAAGGUCUCAGUUGGUGUGCUAGAAAGUGAUGCUUAAAUAUUAUCCCUCCCUUCUCUAUGUUUAACCAAUCAAGGCCAACUAUGACAUAGUCUGAGAACUUCACUUAAAACUAAUCCUGUAACACAGCUUACAUUGUGGUCCAUUCAGGCUGGAGACAGAUAAUAAUUGGUGAGAGAAGUGAUAAGACAGUGAUGGCAUGAGCUGUUGGACAGUGGAACAGACUGUUUUGGAAGGUAAUGAACUCUCCUCCGUUUGAGGUUUUUGAGCAAAGGCUGGAUGGCCACCGAUCAGGGAUGCUGUAGCCAUGGAUUUCCUGCAUCUGGAGUUGGACCAGGGGCUCCUUUGAGGUCCCUUUCAACUCUAUAAUUGCCCAUGGUGGACACCUAUGGUGAAUGGUGCCCAUUGCAAUAGGUAGGGCAGAAGGCAGGUGACAAAAGAGUAGGCAGAACCAAAACCAAUAAACUUCCCUGCUGAGUUCUACAAAGGCAGCACUGAGAUGAAGAGAGAGGAAGCUGACAGCGAGGGCCACCCCCUGGGUGUAAGUAAGUAAGAAAGGAGGGAGAUGGGGGCUGGCUGGGGGAAGACUGCCCUGUUUGCCCUAAUGGACCACCCUCCAGUAGUGGACACACUCAUUCCUUUUGUCCCCAUCACCCCAUCAAGCAAAUUUAACAGAGUUGGUUUUGAACCACCACACACACACACACACACACACACACACAAAUUAUUACAAAACCAGCUUGUCAGAGGCCAUAGCAAUACAAGUCCAUAUGUCAUGUAUAACAAUGCCUCUUUCAUUCCAUCUUUGAUGCUAAAGUCCGUCUCCAACCCUAGUUACCUUCUAUAGGAUUCUACAUUUCAUCUUCAUGCGCUUCUAGAUUUUCAAGAACUCUGCUUUUAUUCAGUUUGUAGUCUUUCCUACCAGUUCCUCUCCUUUCCACUCUCCUGUAUCCUAACCAAGAGGUAGUAACGGGUGUGAUUUUCUGCAAGCCACAAGGAGCGGUUUACAGUUCUUUUCUGAUGUUUCUAAGAUUUAUAUAGACCUGUUUCAAGCCACCUAUUUGCUGAACCGAUCUAAUGGUGGCUGCAACCAGCCUCUGGGUUAACAAGGAACAUUUUUAAGUGAUAAGAAGCAUAGUUUAUGGACUACGAUACUUAUUCCAUCACAGCACCAUGCUACUGAUAAAUUUAGGCAGAAGCACGCCAGGCUCAAGAGAAAGGUGAAACUAGCCAGUAAAGAUUCAAUGGUCGCUCUUCACAGAACCAGCCACCUCUUCAAACAGGCUUAGUAGUUAUAAAGCAUUCAGCAGGAAGGGGGUUAUAAAGAGCACUGGGCAUGGUCUGAAGGCACAUGAUGCAGUAGUCUUGCAGCGGCUAAGUAGAGCUUGGCUGGUCAGUGUCUGGGUAGGAGUUCCCUGGGAUCCCUUUGUGUGCUGCCCUGAGCUCCAUAGAAAAGCAAGCAAACAAGAAAUAGCUAUGGUGGUUUUCCAUUGCAGCUGCCUAGUGCCCUGGAACAUCAGAGGCCCCUCCAUAGAGUUGCAGUCAGAAUGGUGAACCCAGGCUGUUGCGAUGUUCAUGUAGAAGUGCUUUGGUGUAGAGCGAUGUGUCACUCUGGGUCCCAGUCCAGAUGUAUGGGUGGGCUGGAUUUUUCUUUUAGUUGUUUGAUCAAUUUGAGAGCCAAGAAGUCAAAGGAAUAGACUUACCUACAUUUUUAUUUUUUGAAAAAUAGGUAGAAUUCAAACAUUUUAAACACAACGGGGAUGGCAACCAAGCAUUCCUCAUAGAACCAGUCAGUGGUACGGAAACUAGUUUAAUCCCAAAACAAUUUGAAAGUGAGAAGACAUCUAGGAUUUAGUAAAACCACUAUAGUGGAUAUUGCACAAACUAGCUUUGCGGAAUUAGCCCUAUCCACGUAGAUACAUUUUUUCCAGAGUACUUAAAAUUUUUUCUUUAUUUGCAACAAAAGUUUCCGUUUUCAUAGAGAAAAAUGUAAGGUUCACCCAAAUGCAAGUUAUGCAUUGUAGAGUUUACAGAUGUAAUGUUAUAUGUAUUUUUUAAAUUGCUACUUUAUAUUUAGCUCAACUUGAGCUAAAACCAGUGUCUUCCUUGGGGGCAGAGAGGCGGGUGGGAAAUGACACUCAACGACUUCAUGACUUGGGUGCUAAUGUUUCAGUUGUCUAAAAAUAAGAAAAAUAAACAUUGCACUCUGUGCUCUAAAGGGGGUGGGCUGAAAGACUAUGGUCAAAUCCACACCAUACAUUUAAAGCACAUUUAACACACAUGGCUUCCUCCAAAGAAUCCUGGGAACUGUAGUUUACCUCUCACAGAGCUACAAUUCUCAGCAUGCUUGACAAACUUAGUUCCCAGGAUUCUUUGGGGAAAGCCAUGUACUUUAAACAUCUGAUGUGGAUCAGCCCUGUGUCUUAAGCCGAAUGAACAAAACAAAACAAAAAACUCUGCAAAUAAUGGCUGUUUUAAAAAGUGAUAGUUCAAAGCUACAAUCUCCUUCAGAUAGUUAGGACAAAAUUUUUAUGCUCCUAAAAUUCAUGAUCAUUCAGUUUUGAAUUGAAAUUGCUCUAAAAUGUCUGAACAAAGUUCUUAGUUUUGGGUCUCUUCCCUGCCCUCCCCCCUUUCUGAGCAAUUGAUAACAUUUUAGCUUUUGUUGGGUAGGAGACAAAUUAUGAUACAGCAAACUCCAGGUGGGCUCCUUGCACUUUUGUAAGAAAGAGCACAACGUUGUUUCAGAAUGGCAGUUUUUUUAGCCAAAUGAUAGCGAUAAAAAUAAAUAAAACAGUGUUUUAAAGUGACCUUUGAUCUUUUUAGAAACGAGAGGGUUGGGGGGAGAAGUACUACUGAUCUUUUUCAAACAAAGUGCAUGACUGUAAAGUGAUAAAAUUGUAUAUUUUUCAUAAUGUGGGGAAAUAGAAUUUGUGCUGCUUUUGGAAAUCAGUCUGAAAUUAUGAUUUCUGUCCAACCCUGUGAUCUUACAGCCCCGCUAUAUUUUCUGUAAAUGACUUGACAAAAAGAACUGGAAUAAAUUAGCAUCUGUGCUCAUGUAUAUAAGCAAUGUCUUUAGGUCUUAGCACACACGUUUAUACCUUUUCUUGGAUGGCUUUGCGUUUCUGGAAUGAUGGGGGACAUGGAGAGAGAAAAUGUGAGCAGACUUUUUGAUAAGUGUGUAAAACCUUCCUUUGAAGUAUUUUAGUAAAAAUUAAGUACGAGAUUGUGAUAGUGUAUACAUUCAGUUGAAGAAAAUAAAAUGCAUACUUGGUAAGUGA